AUGUCUUCCCACAAGGAGAAUGAGGCGUGGAAAGAAGCAGAUGUUGUAGAAGAUCGGACCUUUCGACCUACCAAAGGCAACGGAGGACGCAGGAAGGCCCCGUUCUAUAAAGUCAUGCAAGGCAUGCCCAUUGCCGUGGACGCAUUCAGAUAUGGCUCAAUACCAGGAGUCUCUGCCUAUUUUUUGACGCAUGCGCACUCUGACCAUUACACAAACCUGUCCUCAAAUUGGAAGACGGGGCCGAUAUAUUGCUCAGAGGGGACCGCAAAGCUAAUAAUACACAUGCUCUCUGUUGAUCCGAAAUGGGUCCACCCGCUUCCAAUCGACACUCAAAUACCUAUACCCGACUCUGGAGGGGUAACGGUUACAUUAAUUGAAGCCAAUCACUGUCCUGGAUCCUCGCUUUUCCUUUUUGAGGGCCCACAAACUGUUGAUGCUGGGGACAGCACCUACAGGUCGCCUUUCGUAGGCUCCGCAAAGGUCUUUCGAUAUCUGCACUGUGGCGACUUUCGAGCGUCUCCACAACAUGUCUUGCAUCCUUCGGUCAAAGGAAAGCAUCUAGACCUCAUAUAUCUAGAUACAACUUAUCUUAAUCCUAAGUAUUGUUUUCCUUCGCAAACCCAGGUUAUUUCUGCCUGCGCUGAGUUGGCCAAGAGACUAGUUUCUGGGGAGAAUAGAUUCACAGAAGAUGACACUGGGAAAAAGCGGCAUCAGACUGUGGACAAGUGGUUCACGACGCGCUCGAAGUCGGAUAACCAAUGCCAAAGUCAAUCAGAUAAGACCGUCGUAGUUGUUGGGACAUAUUCCAUUGGCAAGGAACGAAUCGUUAAAGCCAUCGCCAAUGCCUUGCAAACGAAAGUGUACUGCGACUCCAGGAAAGCAGCAAUCCUCCGAUGUCAAUCCGACCCAGAAUUGGAGACUAUGCUGACAAAAAAUCCUCUCGAUGCUGGCGUGCACAUCGUCCCCCUUGGCGUCGUUAAUUCUGAUAAGCUGCGGGAGUACACACAGCGUUGGAAAGGUCACUUCACGAGGGCCAUCGCAUUCAGACCCACUGGCUGGACGUACAGCCCACCUGCCGGGAUGGACACACUGCCCAAGGUCUCGACGAUCCUUUCCCGGCAACCUCAUCCCUCUUUCACCCACACACAUCUCAAACCAAUGCGUGGCUCCACUGCGACGCAUCAGCUGUUCGGCGUCCCAUAUUCAGAACAUAGCUCGUUCUUCGAGUUGACGUGCUUUGCGGUGUCGUUGGAUUGGACGAGGAUCAUUGCAACGGUCAAUGUCAGCAGCCAAAGUAGUCGGGGGAAGAUUGCUGCAUGGAUCGCCAGAUGGGAAGCAGAGAGAAAGAAACGUGGAGGACCCGCCUCAGGUGUGGUCCCAUAUCGUGCCACCGAUUACUGGUAAAGAAUGGGGGAGGAGCGUAGCAUGUAAGCGGCGGCGAUUAUAACUAUGGUAUCAUCUGGAAUACUUCAUCUAAACAAAAAUGCAACCUGAAGGACACAUAGCCUG